CGUGUGGGAAGUCGGUAGAAAGUUUCCAAUUCUCCUCGUUCUUCUUCUUCCCUCACGCGAUUAGCAGGCGCAUCAUAGUCGUACAACCCAACGCCCAAAAGGACCGCACUAUCUCCUUUUUCAAAAUUUAGCGAAAGCUUUCACGGCGCCAACACCCCCCUUGGCUAUCGUCAGAUUCCUCCACGUGGCGCACUCCUCCCGAGGCACACAAAACUUUCUCACCUUACGUGGGAUCUCCCACCUUUCGGCCGUCACAAAUCCCUCCCUCAACUUCGCUGUCGUCUGAUCACUCCCCCUCGCUGACCUUAUACGUCGUCGUUUCUCUCUCUCUCUCUGAUCCCGGGCAUUUCCAUCCUGAGUUUCAUCUCCACCUGUUCUCUUUCAAACUCCAAUUCCAAAGCGUUUCUCUGGCAAUGUGGAAUUUCCAGGACUAGGUCUGCGAUUCGCCGACGACUGGUCUCUCCGGCUCCGACAGUUUCUGCUUUUCGCGCCAUGACCGAUCCUCAGGUCACUUAGGGGUCUCUGCGCCGAGUGGUCUUGCUGGAAGGAAGCGGAGAUUUCGAUCCGAGCUUCCGAGUCGGUGAGACUUUGCGUUUCGAUUUCCGGCUCGGAUUGCACUCGAUUCGAAACGAUGUCGUCUAAAGUUGUCUACGAAGGUUGGAUGGUGCGUUACGGCCGGAGGAAGAUCGGCCGAUCCUUCAUUCACAUGCGCUAUUUCGUCCUCGAGUCUCGCCUUCUCGCUUACUACAAGAGGAAGCCGCAAGUUAAUCAGGUUCCGAUCAAGACGUUGUUAAUUGAUGGGAAUUGUAGAGUGGAGGACCGAGGCUUGAAGACUCACCAUGGGCAUAUGGUAUAUGUUUUAUCUGUUUACAACAAGAAAGAUAAGUACCUUCGAAUUACGAUGGCAGCAUUUAACAUCCAGGAGGCACUAGUAUGGAAGGAAAAAAUUGAAUAUGUCAUUGAUCAGCAUCAAGGUUCACAAGCUGCAAAUGGGAACAAAUAUGUUUCUUUUGAAUACAAAUCUGGAAUGGAUAAUGGGAGGACGGCUUCCUCAUCAGACCGUGAAAGUCAGUUUAGUGCCCAGGAAGAUGAAGAUGACACUCAUCCAAAUUUGUUACGAAGAACAACAAUUGGAAAUGGUCCUCCAGAAUCAAUAUUUGACUGGACAAGAGAACUAGACUCGGAGCUGUCUAACCAGAGCAACAAUAAUCAAGCAUUUUCCCGGAAGCACUGGCGUCUUCUUCAAUGCCAAAACGGACUACGCAUUUUCGAAGAGCUUCUUGAAGUAGACUACCUUCCAAGGAGUUGUAGUAGAGCCAUGAAAGCUGUGGGAGUGGUUGAGGCUACUUGUGAAGAAAUUUUCGAGCUUGUUAUGAGCAUGGAUGGAACACGGUUUGAGUGGGAUUGUAGUUUCCAGUACGGUAGCUUAGUUGAGGAAGUAGAUGGACAUACAGCAGUACUUUAUCAUAGGCUUCAGCUAGACUGGUUCCCAAUGGUUGUGUGGCCCCGUGACCUGUGCUAUGUGCGGUAUUGGCGUCGAAAUGAUGAUGGGAGCUAUGUUGUGUUAUUUCGUUCUAGGGAGCAUGAGAACUGUGGCCCACAGCCAGGUUAUGUGCGGGCACAUAUUGAAAGUGGGGGAUUCAACAUUUCCCCUCUAAAACCUCGAAAUGGGAGGCCCAGAACUCAGGUGCAGCAUCUGAUGCAGAUUGAUCUAAAAGGAUGGGGUGUGGGUUAUGUAUCAUCCUUUCAGCAGCAUUGUCUCCUUCAGGUGUUAAAUAGUGUUGCCGGGCUGCGUGAGUGGUUUUCUCAGACGGAUGAAAGGAAUGCUCCUCCUAGGAUCCCUGUUAUGGUCAAUAUGUCCUCAGCUUCUGUUUCUUCUCGCAAGGGUCAAAAGAUGCUUGAUUCUUCUGUUAGUUCUGCAAAUAGAAAUUCGGUGAUGAUGGAUGAAUACUCGGAUGAGGAUGAAGAAUUUCAAAUCGCCGAGGCUGAACAAGAGGCAUACCAGAAUGGGAUUCAGAGUGAUGUCAAGAGAACAGCCGUAGAAGAAGAACCAGCCGACCAAAUUGAUUUGUCCUGUUUUUCGGGUAAUCUACGGCGUGAUAAUAAUGACAAAGGCCGUGAUUGCUGGACAAUUUCGGACGGAAACAACUUCAGAGUUCGUAGCAAGCAUUUUUGUUAUGACAAGACGAAGAUUCCUGCAGGAAAACAUCUAAUGGAUCUCGUUGCUGUUGAUUGGUUUAAAGACACAAAGAGAAUGGACCAUGUUGUAAGGCGUCAAGGAUGUGCAGCACAAGUUGCCACAGAAAAAGGUCUUUUCUCUAUAGUCUUCAAUCUCCAAGUUCCUGGGUCAACACAUUACAGUAUGGUAUUCUAUUUUGUGACAAAGCAAUUAGUACCUGGAUCUCUCCUGCAACGUUUUGUUGACGGUGAUGAUGAAUUCCGUACUAGUAGACUGAAGCUUAUUCCAUCAGUUCCUAAGGGUUCAUGGAUUGUUCGCCAGAGUGUUGGAAGCACCCCUUGUUUGUUGGGAAAAGCUGUUGAUUGCAAUUACAUCCGCGGUCCUAAGUACUUAGAAAUUGAUGUGGAUAUUGGUUCCUCUACUGUUGCUAAUGGUGUUUUGGGGCUUGUAACUGGUGUAAUUACAACAUUGGUGGUUGACAUGGCUUUUCUUGUACAGGCAAAUACUACAGAUGAAUUGCCAGAGCGGCUAAUUGGUGCAGUCCGUGUUUCUCAUAUAGAACUCAAAUCUGCCAUAACUCCAAAGCUGGAGGUGGAUCCAUCUACAUCAUGACAGAAAGACAAUUAACCCUUCUGGUUUUAUACAAAAUCAUUGGUUCAGAUAUGCUUGUAAUUCAUCUCCUUAUAUCAUUGCCAUAUCUCACUUCAGGAAUGAAGAUAGUCAAUAUCUCAAGUGCAGUUUUUGCACAAAAUAGUGACGGGACUUUUAUAAUAAGUACAGUCCAGGUAAAUUGUUUUGUUCAAUAUUUUUUCGUUCAAUUCAAGGUAUAUUCUUCUUUUCCAGCCUUUGGGGACUGUCAAGUUUGGGUCCAUGCUGAGUAUUAGGUGUUUUUAGUGGUUCUCAUUGGUAAUAGCAGGAUGGUUUGUAGUUACUUCGUACCAAGUUUUGUAAGACAUUUUAUAGAAUGGGAAUGGCAUAGGGCUAUUGGUUCGAUAUAGAGUAAUAGCAACCUUGCAUCUGGAAUGAACCAUGGGUUGGCCCGUGUUCCUAUGCAUAUGACCCAGUUUUGCAUCUACAGUAUUUGUUGCAUGACUAUAUGUCAGCGACUACAUAUUUAUGAAGCAGCUGGCCCUUAUAGUAGUACCCCUCCAAAUUGCAUGUUCUUUUUGUACCUGCUGAAAGAAUUGGCAAGCCAGCAGAUUUGUUUAUUUGUAAACUUUGGAUAUCUAUAAAGAAAGAAUUGUCCCUCUGUGGGAUGGGAGUC